CUGUAUGUUCACUGUAUGUUCUGUAUGUUCUGUGUUUUAGAGCGGAACCAGCUUCCAUGUGUUUGAUCAAGGUCGGUUCUCUAAGGAGGUUCUACCAAAGUUCUUCAAACACAACAACAUGGCCAGUUUCAUCAGACAGCUGAACAUGUAUGGGUUUCGUAAGGUGGUUCACAUCGAGCAGGGCGGUCUGGUGAAACCAGAGAGAGACGACACAGAGUUCCAACAUCCGUUUUUCAUCCGAGGACAAGAACAUCUGCUGGAGAACAUCAAACGCAAAGUCACCAACGUGUCAUCUGUGCGCCAGGAGGAAGUGAAGAUGUCGGCAGAUGAAGUGAACAAGAUCCUAAACGACGUCCAGCUGAUGAAGGGGAAACAGGAAACCAUAGACUCCAGGAUCAUCGCCAUGAGACAUGAGAAUGAAGCUCUGUGGAGAGAAGUGGCCAGUCUGAGACAGAAACACGUUCAGCAGCAGAAAGUUGUCAACAAGGUAAUCAAUACAGCAAUACAUCAAUAAAUCAAUACCUGUACAUCUACACUGAAGCUGAAGUUCACAAUGCUAACAAUGCUAACA